AUUGUUUACUACGGAUUACAAUUAAAUCGAAAUGCGAUCAUAACAUUAAAGAAAUUUUUUUUGAUAAAAAAAAAAAAAAGUGCAAAAGAGUUUCUGCAAAUAGUUCAUACAAGCACACAGCCGAUUUCAGUUGCUGAAGAAGGACAAACUCAAAAAUGGCGGCCAAAUCCGCACAAAGCAAACCAUACUUCUUCUACGGCCACCGGAAACCUACUCAGCAUCGUCCUACAGUUCAAGGAGGCCUUUUUUCCAAUCGUCAAACCAUAAACCCAAACCUCACCACCAAAAACUCACCUUCCCCUGUUACCCAAGGUGAUUUUCAGCUUCAAAAAUGGGACCCAGAUGAAGUUUCGGGUCAAAAAUCCAGAGACCCAUCUCAGGAAUUCUUCUCUUUAGCUCAGCGCCUAUCACCAAUUGCUAGGUAUAUAGUGGAUUCAUUCAGGAAACAUGGGAAAUGGGGUGCACCCCUUUUGGCUGACCUUAAUACUCUACGAAGGGUUACUCCUAAGCUUGUAACUGAGGUUCUCAAACACCCCAAUCUUGAUCCCAAAAUUUCAUCCAAGUUCUUCUAUUGGGCUGGAAAACAGAAAGGUUACAGGCAUGAUUUCUCUUGUUACAAUGCCUUUGCUUAUGGUCUGAAUCGGGCGAAUCAAUUUCGAACAGCUGAUCAGGUUCCUGAGCUGAUGCAUAUGCAAGGAAAGCCACCUAGUGAGAAACAAUUUGAAAUUUUGAUCAGAAUGCAUGGUGAUGCUAAUAGGGGUCUUAGAGUAUACUAUGUUUAUGAGAAAAUGAAAAAAUUUGGGGUAAAACCAAGAGUUUUUUUGUAUAACAGAAUAAUGGAUGCUUUGGUUAAAACCAAUCAUUUGGACUUGGCUAUGUCAGUUUAUGAUGAUUUCAAGAAGGAUGGGUUGGUGGAGGAAAGUAUAACUUUCAUGAUCUUGAUAAAGGGCCUGUGCAAGUUUGGACGAAUGGAUGAAGUGUUUGAGCUUUUGGGUCGGAUGAGAGAAAAUCGUUGCAAACCAGAUGUGUUUGCAUACACAGCAAUGGUAAAGAUAUUGGUUGCAGAGCGGAACUUGGAUGGUUGUUCAAAGGUUUGGAAGGAGAUGCAGCAGGAUGCAGUUGAACCUGAUGUUAUAGCUUAUUCAACUUUUAUUGCUGGUUUGUGUAAAAAUAAUCAGGUCGACAAAGGCUAUGAGUUGUUCAAGGAAAUGAAACAAAAGAAAAUUUUGAUAGAUAGGGGGAUUUAUGGAUCCUUGAUUGAAUCGUUUGUAGCAAGCGGGAAAGUUGGUUUAGCUUGUGAUUUGCUUAAAGAUCUGAUAGACUCGGGCUAUAGGGCUGAUUUGGCAAUCUAUAAUUCUAUUAUUGAAGGUCUCUGCAAUGCAAAACGAACAGAUAGGGCCUAUAAACUUUUCCAAAUCACAGUUCAAGAAGAUCUUUGUCCUGACUUUUCCACUGUGAAGCCCAUAUUGGUGUCUUAUGCAGAGUCAAAGAAAAUGGAUGAAAUUUGCAAAUUGCUUGAGGAACUGCAGCGAUUAAGCCAUUGCAUCAGUGAUGAUUUAUCCAAAUUCUUCACAUAUAUGGUAGAGAAGGAUGAUAGGAUUAUGAUUGCUUUAGAAGUCUUUGAAUAUUUGAAAGUAAAAGAUUAUUGUAGUGUUCCAAUAUAUAACAUUCUUAUGGAGGCGCUCUAUCAGAAUGGCGAGGUGAACAAGGCACUCACAUUGUUCUCUGAGUUGAGAAGUUCAGAUUGUAAACCUGAUUCAUCAACUUAUAGCAAUGCCGUCCAGUGUUUUGUAGAGGUCGGAGAUGUACAGGAGGCAUCUAUUUGCUAUAACAGAAUUAAAGAGAUGUCUUUGAUUCCCUCAGUUGCUGCAUAUCGUUCUCUUGUCAUAGGGCUUUGCAAAAUAGGACAGAUCGAUCCAGCUAUGCUGCUAAUUCUUGACUGCCUACGCAAUGUGGCGAGUGGCCCUAUGGAGUUUAAGUAUAUUCUCACUAUUAUUCAUGUCUGUAAAAUGAAUGAUGCCGAGAAGGUAAUGAAAGUUCUUGAUGAAUUGCUCGAAGAGGGCUAUUCUCCUGAUAAUGCUGUAUAUUGCGCUGUAAUUUAUGGCAUGUGCAAACAUGGAACAAUUGAAGAAGCACAGAAAGUUUUUGCAAGUAUGAGAAAGCGAAAACAUCUUACUGAAGCCGACUUAAUUGUUUAUGAUGAGAUGCUUAUUGACCACAUGAAGAAGAAGACAGCAGACCUGCUGUUGUCUGGGUUGAAAUUUUUCGGUCUGGAAUCGAAGUUAAAAGCGAAGGGGUGUACCCUUUUAGCAGGUUGAAGAAAUGAAAAUAGGUAGCUUGGUGAACAGUUUGUCUGUAGUUGUUGGAGGGGACCAAUCUAUCGCACUGGAAGAGUUCAAGUGCAUAUUCUCAUUGAGAGUUGAAAGGCUACUCCGAUGCUUUUUGAAGCUUGUCCAGCUAACAAGCACAAGUCACCAAGGUAAUCUUGAUCGCCAGGACUGGAGCGAAUGGAGUAACACCAUGUGUUAUGGUUAUGAUUCAAACCUGGGAGCUGCAGGUAUUGGUGAAAUUCAGUAAUUAUGCAAAACAUGUCCAUAUCGAUAACAGUAAGUUGGGGAUUGCUCGUUAAAUGAUUUUCUUCCUCCAACUAGAUUGUGAUAUCUUAAAGUUUUGGUUCUGGUUUGGGGUGUCUUUAGAUUAAGAUGGAGAAUUACUCUGAUAUCUUGGAAUGUAUUCUGAUAAACAAGGUUGAAACCCUGCUGGCUGUUACUUCGCAAUUUUGACCUACAUUUUAGCAAUAAAAUAGAAGUUUUGAGGUUCUGAAUCCAUCUUUUAUUCAAGUAGUGUAUAAAGUACAUCUCAGUAGUUUGAUUUUCUUUUGAACAAUACAGUAUGUAUAGUUUUCCAAGUU